CUUUAUAUUUUCUAAAUUUGAGCUCAGUUUGCCCCCUCUUUACACUGAACCAGGGAUUUUAAAGCCUGAAGGCAGCAUAGAAAUUUUUCUUAAUUAUCGAAGCAGUGCCUGGAGCUCAAACAAAAAACCCCCUCAGGAUCCUGAAGAUGCUUAAAACCUUCCCCUGAACUUGGAGGCAACUUGCCAUAGCAAAACAGCAUAGAAAAGUUCUUUGUGGAGCCCUCACCCCAUUUUUGGAGUCUGGGGCCUUAAAGAGAGCAGAGCCCUGCUUUUCCAGGCAUCACAAAAGCAAGCAGCUCUUCUAUACCCUUUACUUUUAAUUAUUAUUUUUAAUGCUACUGAACGUCCCUAAAUGUGCUUUCCAUUAUUGAUAAUCUGGUUACAUUAAUUGCCAAAGCCAUUAAGGCUCUGCAGAGUAUAAAAGGAAAAAAAAAGGAGUCUGCAAUUACCAGCUCCCAAAUGGACUUAAAAUCUGGUAAUAAAUGACAGCGAGGGCUGCUCUUGGCCAUGGCUGUUACAGACAAGUUUAAUUCCCUGCAGCUCUGAGCUCUGUGCUCUAGGGUAGAAACUCAAUUAUAAGCCCAAACUCACUUUGUUUUCAUUGCUGGGCUAACGAUGGUCCUGUCACCUGAAGCAGCCCCAUCAAAGCCUGUGCUUUUUGCUCUCUGCUAAUAUGUGCAUUGCCCAGGCCUGGGAGCACUGCUUUAGCUGAGGCAGAUGAUUGCUGUAAUCGACCAACUAAAUGGCUGGUUUGGUUCCCUUUGGAAACCUGAGCCUUACCCAGGCAGCAGAAACAAGCAGCUUUUGGUCUUGCAUGGGCACUGUAGGGAAAUGCAGGUUUGGUGCAAGGGCAGAGCCUGGAGGAGCUGAGAUGUGGGCUGGGAGCUGCACUGAUUUUCCCUGAAGAGUGUUUUAAAUCAGUAACACCCAUGUUUUUGGUGCAAAAGUCAUUUUGGAACAGUGGACAAGGAAGUAACCAACGAAAUGCAUCUCAGAAUAACACAGCAACAGCAGGGAGAACACGGGGACCAGGCUGGAGGCAGCCCCAGCAGCUGAGCAUUGAGAUCUGACAUCUCAGUGCAGGAUGGUUUCCUGACAUUGGAACUGUCAGCACUGGGUUUUCAGACAGUCAGAAGAGGCCGGUUAGCUCUAAGCAAGAAGCUGGGCUGUGUAAGCCCGGUCUGUCUCACCUCCUUACAAAUCCUAUUUCAGCUUUUAUCAGGGGUGGUGUCAGCACUGCGGUGACUCCAGGAAAGGCAAAAUAAAGGCAGAGCGGUCACACUGAGCUCACAUUUCCUCUUGCACCACUGUGAGAGAUCUGUUCCUAGAAGCCUGAGUCAAACUUCUGGCACAAUGGGAACUGCCCGCCGUGGAGCAGCGGCUCUUCCAGCCUGGGAUGGAUACUUCGGCAGUCUCAGACAUGGGGUCACAGCAGGCAGCCACUUGCCGUAUGCAGCUUCAAAGCUGAUGACAACAGCUGCAGCCUUGCUGGAUGGCCAAGAUUACACUGCCAGAUUGAGUGACUACCCCUAUGAGUACCUGGAUGAGGAGGAUUACGUGCUUUAUGGCCUUUGCACCAAAGAAGAGGUGGUCUCCUUUAGUAAAGCAUUCUUGCCAGCUUUUUACACCGUGGUUUUCCUAGUUGGGUUCACUGGGAACAUUCUUCUAUUUACUGUCCUCAUGUAUGUCAGUAAGAAAAAGAAGAUGGCAGAGGUGUAUUUGCUGAACCUGGUGGUUUCAGAUUUCCUCUUGCUGCUAACCCUUCCUGUCUGGGCCCUGUUCAUUUCUCAGUGGGUGACCUGGGAUCUGUUGUGCCCCUUCUUAAAUGCCAUGUACAUCAUGAAUUUUUACAGUGGUAUCUUUUUUGUAAGCUGCAUGAGUCUGGACACGUAUCUGCAGAUAGUUCAUGCUUGCUCUCCUCACAGCUUUGUGACACAAAAGAAGUCCUUCCUCGUCUUGUUGGUGUUGUGGGUCCUCUCCAUACUCCUCUCCAUUCCUGACGCCCUCUUCAGCAGCACGAAGGAAAUGCACAACAAAACCAUCAUGUGCACGCAUGAUUACGGCCAGAAACACUUACUUUGGAAAGUUGUCUUUCAGGUCACUCAAAACGUUGUGGGUUUCCUUCUGCCCUUCUUCUUCAUGGUGUUCUGCUAUUCCCGCAGCAUGUGUGUCCUCAUUGUGUCCCGGGUGCCUGGCUCAAGGAGAGCACUCCGCUUUGUCUUUACUCUGGUAGCUGUCUUCUUUGUCCUGUGGUUCCCUUACAACAUUGUCCUCAUCCUUCACUCCCUGCAGUAUGUUGGUCUGAUCCAGAGCUGCGAGAGGAGUAGGCAACUGGACUAUGCCAUACAGAUCACAGAGAGCUUGUCCUUUGUCCACUGCUGCCUCAACCCUGUGCUCUAUGCUUUUGUGAGGAAACGGUUCAGGUUGUACUUAUGGAAGAUCCCCCAGGCGUUCUGUAGGAAGGGCACCUUUGACAUCCAGCUCUCAGAGACAAACAGCUCUUGCAGCAGAUACACCGCUCAGAUAGAAAUGCUGAGCAUCACCAACAUGUGAUUAAUUCUUGCUGGCUUUUGCCAUGUGCCAGGGGGGUGCACUCAGCUGGGCUCACCCCUUAUCCUACCAGGAGAGACAACAGGAGGAACAGGCUCUUUUAAGUUGGUCUGACCCUCUGGGGGUCAAUGAGCUGUGUAUGCCACAUUGAAGUGUACUGAGCAGGACCCUGUGUCUACCCAAGGGAUGGAUCUUUGGUCUGAGAUUAGUUUGAUCAUUGCAGCGCCAGAAUUCAGACCAGUAACAAUCAGUAAGAGAGAGAAAAUAAAACCAAAAUGAAAAACCAUCACUAACAGACAUCAGUUUAACCUCUCCACGGAGUGGCAGCAUGGCCUAAAACUGAAGAGCAUGGAUAGCUAUUAGCCAAUCCUUAUAACUGUCUUGCAGUUCAAGGUUACUAGUUUGCUGACCUUUAUUUAAAAGGUACUGUUCACCCCAAAUGCUUUUGAACUUUAGCUAGGCUUUUUUCAGCCUAGAAAUCAAUUCAGCACGUGAGCUGGCUAGAACGGUGCAAAUAAAGUUUAUACCUUCAGAGCAAAUA